AUGGCCAGUUCAGUGAGUGAGUUUUCAGAUGCCAAUUCUUUUCGAUUAACAGAGGGCAGCAACAAGGUUGGCCCUAUGUGUUACUGUGGGCGCAAAAUUGAGAUACUAAAAUCAUGGUCAGAUGAGAAUCCAGGUAGGCUUUACUUCCGCUGUGCUGUCCAUACUUUCGUCGCGUGGGCUGAUGAGGAGACACCAUGUAAGUGGCAGAAGACGAGCUUAUUAGAGGCACGCGACAUAAUGCGGCGUCAACGAGACGAAAUUAGACAGCUGAAAGCAGCAAAUGCGAAACUCAUGCGGGAAGGGAAUUGUGUUCAACACACUAAAGUCGAUGCGGAGGAUAAUGUGGCGACGGUAGAUGCCACUAAGAAGGUGGAGGUCGAACUUAUCAACGCGGGUGAGAGGGAGAAAAUUCUCCGCCACUAUUUGACCAUCUCAUGGGCGGGUUUUAUAAUUGCGAUAGCUAUCAUUGCAUCCCGGUGUCUGAAGUAA